AUGCCAACAACGCAAUUCAAGGGCGUGACGCAGACGUGCAGUGAACUUUGCCCGGUUCACCGAUGGGUCACCAGGGACAGCUUCAUGUUGUGA